CACUUCAACGAGCUCACCCUCGGCACCGGCUUAAACGAACAACCCUACUUCCGCGCACUCAUUUUCUUCAACAAAAAACCCGGCGUCACCGACGCCUUCUUCCACCCGCACUGGAAAAGCGUGCACGCUGACCUGACAUUGCAAACGCCUGGCGCAGGUGUAGAUCUCAGGCGGUACGUCCAGUUCCACCAAGAACCGAAGCAUGUUGAUGAAAUGAAGGAUCUGUUCGAGGCGAGUGGAGGGUCGAUGCAGAGCUUGCCGUAUGACGGGUGUGCGGAGUUUUAUGCGAAGAGUGCGAAGGGAUUUACGGCGUUUAUGAGGGAUAUAUGGGCGAGUGAGCAUCUUGUUGGUUGUGGCAAGCGGUUUGUGGAUAUGACGCAGGGCUAUCAAGUAAUGGUGGGAUAUGAUAACCUCAUCUUCGGUCAUGCGGUCCCAGAGAUGGGAGGUGGUGAUGUUAUCUUAGCUAGAGGUACGCGUCUAAAGACCCCAGUUAGG